AUGAUUGGAUUCUACUCUUUUUCACUUCUUCUCAUUUCCCUAUCUCUUGUAUCUAGCCAAGAUCUUACUGCCUCACUUGACUACGGGACUUUCCAGGGCAGCUAUUCCUCCUUAUAUGAUAUUAGUUACUGGAGAAAAAUUCCUUUUGCAGCACCUCCAACUGGUGAAAACAGGUUUAGAGGACCUCAACCUCCAACCCUGAUAACGAAUGGCACCUACGACUCAAGUCAGAGCUUUGAUAUGUGUCCACAGAGAACAGUUAAUGGUUCAGAAGAUUGUCUCUACCUGGGCCUUUACUCCCGUCCCUGGACAAAAACCCAGCCUCUUCGCCCAGUAAUCGUUGUUUACUACGGAGGUGGAUUCAUUCAGGGCGGGGGCUCAUUUUCCAUCCCUCCAGCCGGCUACCCCGUACUCAAUGUCUCAUCUACCAACAAUUUCAUAUUCGUAUACCCAAAUUACCGGGUCAAUGCCUUUGGACUCUUACCAGGUGCUGAAAUCGGCGCAUCUCCAUCCUCGGAUCUCAACCCAGGGCUUCUGGAUCAGCAAGCCGCCCUCCAAUGGACGAAUAAGUAUAUCGAGAAGUUCGGAGGCGAUCCAAAGAAUGUCAGUAUCUGGGGUCAGAGUGCUGGAGGUGGAAGCGUCGUUGCUCAAGUCAUUGCGAAUGGAGGGAAGACGGAUCCACCAUUAUUCUCCAAAGCAUUGGCAUCUUCUCCUUAUUGGCCAAAGACGUAUAAAUAUGAUGCACCGGAAGCGCAAGAUCUCUACGAUACUUUUGCAAAUUUAUCGGGAUGCUCUGGUCCGGAAUCUUUAGAGUGUUUGAAAGCUGCCGAUGUGCAGACGCUCCGCACGGCUGCUCUGGCGAUCUCGGGAAGCCAUAUGUAUAACACGAGUUCUUAUACUUGGGCACCGGUUAUUGAUGGGAAGUUCUUGACACAGUCGUUAAGUCAGGCGACGAUUAAAGGGGAGGUGAAUAUUGAUUUUGGGUUUGGGAUGUAUAAUACGCAUGAAGGAGAGAAUUUUAUCCCACCCGGCCUAGCAAACACGCAGAAUAGCGGAUCACCGCUCUUCAACUCCAGCAUGGCAUCUUUCAACGCGUGGCUCCGAGGCUUCCUACCAGGUUUCUCUGACUACAACAUCCAGCGCGUUCGUUAUAUGUACCCAGAUAUUGGAUCCUCGGAAGGAAUAUUAAACUACAACACGACAUAUACGCGAGCAGGACUCAUUUAUAGAGAUCUCGUCUUGGCUUGCCCAGCGUACUGGAUGGCAAGGGCUAGCCAUAAAAAGAGUUAUGUUGGGGAGUAUAUGAUUAGCCCUGCGAAGCAUGCUAGUGACACUGAAUGGUGGAAUCAAGUGAACCCGAUCCAGAAGUUGCAUCCCUUCAUAUAUGAAGGCUAUACCGGCGCAUUUGCAUCAUUCUUCCAGACAGGUGAUCCGAAUUCGCAUAAAGUUACCAAUACGAGUGUACCAGGUGUCCCGGAAAAUUGGAGGACUGGCGAGGAGUUUGUUAUUCAAGAGGAGGGUUUUGGGAAUUUGAGAGUGCAGCAAUUGAGUGAAAGGUGUGGGUUUUGGAGGCAGCUUGCUGGUGAUGUACCGGUUUAG